GACAUUUGAUCCUUACGCCAGAUAAAAAUUUAUACGAAAGAAUUAGGCGAAAAGAAAAAUUUAAAUACGGUGGAAAAGAAAAACUUAAAUACGCCGAAAGGAUUAUCGACCUAUAUCGCAGUGGAAAAUAUAACAAACUACUGACAGAAGAAAGCGCAGCAUCAA